AUGAUGGUGAUGGAGGACCCAACUUUGGCAACCAGUUGUACUUCUGCAACAACGACCAACCUGUUGUGUCUAAUCAAGGACGCAAUGAAAGCAUUCAAUUUUAAUUCUUCAACACUAUAUGGAAACGACUAUGCGCUGACUGAAUGUGAGGUGUACAAAGUGAAGCAGACUGAAAGCACUCUGUUAGACUGUCAGAAGCCAUGGAGGAAUGUUCUGUGGACAGCCGAACAAAAAGCAGAGCUCAUGGAAAUGAUCAGGAAUUAUAAACCCCUGACAUCUUCUGUGAGCCAUAUUCGAAUCCUAAUGGUCGGUCCUGUUGGUGCUGGAAAAUCCAGUUUCUUCAACUCUGUAAACUCCAUCUUCAUGGGUCGCAUAACCAGCAAAGCCAUGUCAGGAUCUGCAGGCACCAGUCUGACCACACAGUUUCGCACUUACCCAGUUAAAGACGGUCGUGAAGGAAAGCCAUUGCCGUUUGUGUUGUGUGACACCAUGGGCCUCGAGGAGCAAUCAGGAUCAGGACUGGACAUUGAGGACAUCAGCAGCAUUCUUCAAGGACACAUACCAGACCGCUAUAAAUUCAACCCCGUCACAUCAUUUCAACCUGAUGAGCAAAAGUCCUCCAGACCUGCGUCUCUACAGGAGAAGAUCCACUGUGUGGUGUACGUGAUCGACGCCACCAAAAUCUCCCUCAUGUCUGAGAAACUAGAGGAAAAACUCUCUGCCAUACGCAGAAAAGUCAACUCACUGGGCAUUGCUCAGAUUGUCUUGAUGACAAAAGUAGAUGAAGCUUGUCCUCUAGUGGAUGAAGACCUGCAAAGCCUUUAUCUCAGUUCCUACAUCAAGACGAAGGUGCAGGAGGUGAGCUCUCGGUUGGGUGUGCCGGUGUCUUGUGUCUUACCGGUGAAGAACUACAGUCAGGAGCUGGAGCUGGAGCUCAACUGUGACGUCCUGCUCCUCGCUGCUCUACAGCAGAUGCUCAACUUCGCUGAAGACUAUCUGGAUGAUGUUGCACCUAUUUAGGAGCAGAAAAUACGCAGAACACCACCACAUUGUCAGUGGCAAAAUUUCAUGUUUACAACAAUAAUUGUAGGGUAUUUGAGUACAAAGUAUUAGAGUAUUGUGCUAUAUAACAGAUUAGGCAGCUUUUACUUGGCUUUAGUGAGUUUGUGAUUCAAAAUGAGUUUUGAAAACAUUUUCUAGGGUAAUGAUAAGACAAGUCGACUUAGGAAAGGGGGUCUUCAACUGAAAUAGUCAACAUAUAUGCUGUUUGUAAUCUAUUAAUUAAAUAAUAAAGUGACUUCUUAAUAUGGGAAUGAUUUUAAGAUAACUUUUUGUGCAAAGUGGACUGGACAACUCAUUGAUAUUUA